AUGGCCUCUACAGUGACAUACAACGGAGUUGAAAAUGCCGAGGGUGGGACAAUAUUCAAAGAUGUCAAGUUCUGGAUGGCAACAAGAGUACCCCAAAGAUCCCGCUGGAUAGACCUAAUCAAGCAAAAUGGCGGCGUUGUAGUGCCUCUAGAAAAGCAAGCCGAUAUGCUUAUCGCGGAUCAUGCCAGAGCAAAGAAAGAUGCUCCACAUGGGUCAUAUUCAUGGCAAUUCAUUGACGACUCCGUCAAGAAUGGCAUUAUUCAACUGAAAGAUAGGUAUCUAAUAGGCCCUCCUCCAAAUGCGCCGAGGCCUGUAGGCAGCGGCCAGCCCACCAAAUCAACUCGUACCCCUUUCACUCGGGAGGACGAUGCAAGAAUUGCGAGAUGGGUUCUAGAGCAUCCGACUGAUCAAAAGGGAAACGAGAUCUGGAAAGAAUACGCAUGCAUUAAUGCUCGGCAUACUGCACAGUCAUGGCGCGAUCGCUACGUCAAGAAGUUGGCAAACCUCGACAGAGUGGACCUAGAGCGUAUGGCAGCCUCUGCACCAGAGGAAACUUUGCCAGACAACCACGAUGCACACCAGGCGGAGCAGCCGCCCAAAGUGGUUGAACGACGCCCGCCACAAGCUGCUGCUCAGCGAAUCUCCAAACAGAGACAACGGACUGGUAUUCGAGAAGACCGCCAGCAGUUGGAUACAGCACGACAACACCAGCAGGAAACACCAUUAUCACCAGCAGCUGACACAGCAGGACAUCAAAUUCAACCUGGUCCAGUCGAUACUCCAGAAGAGGACGAUGCAAGAGAUACAUUUUAUCGUGACCUUGAUGACUGGAUCGCUUCCACAGACAGAGACAUCAAAAGAUAUCUCAAGAUCGAAGGAGUCUCUUUUGAGCUAUUCGACCUCGCGUUAGCUGCCCAAGCCGUCCUCCAUGAAAUUGGGAGUUGUGACUGGAUUAAGAUUGCCGAAAAGUUAGGCUUUGUCAAUCCCACCGACCAUAUGCUCAACGAGCUGCACCUUUGUUAUCAAGAAAAUCUUGAUGAUUUUUUGGCUCAAAUCCAGAAUUUCGAAGACGAGCCCGUCUCAGACUCAGAAGCCGUAGCCCCUGAGUUGGAUCUUAGUCAGGACAUCAAAUGGGAAAACGGCCAAGAAGACCAAGACGGUUCGCCGCAAACCUACGAGCGGUCUUCGCCCCCUGUUGUCGCUACUGGCUUGAAACGCUCAACAGCGCAUCGCCCGCUCACUUCAUCUGGUAAUGUACAUAAAAAGAGGCGCUAUCACUCAAAUGAUGAGACUCCGUCAACACCAGAUAACGACCUGGCUCCCGAGGUGCUCACUCGUGAACCCUCUCCCAGCGUUCCUGUGAGCUCACAGUGGUUUGACAACAUUGGCGAAAGUGAGGCCUCGCAGCAUCUCCCCCCUCUUCCUCCCCAGCUAGACGAAUCACAAGAUUCUAGGACAACAGCAGUUCCUCCACAGGAAACUCGUCAGCAAUCUGUGGACGUCGAUCCACUUCCAGAUAAUGAGUUACUUGAUUCUACGCCAAUACCAUUUCAUCUGAAUCAAACAAGCCAGGAUAGACCAUCAGCUACGAAACGACGGCAAUUGCAAACCGAACCAUCAAGGGAGCAUCGUCACCAUAGUUUGGCACAUGUAAUAAACCCCAGGCGAGCUGUUUCCUCGACUAGUCAAAAACCGAGACCGACUACUGAAGCAGUGCGACGCUCUCUUCCUGCAUCGUAUAAUUCUUCCCGGAACCGGGCCCCUCAGAAUCCACCGGACAGGAGCAGCCAGCCUCGUGAUCCGGAAAGUUCCAAUUCUCGCGAGAUUCAAGAACGAAUUUCGUACUACGAAUCUAUGGGAUUCCCACGUCAUAUCGUUAUUGAAGGUCUCAAGCGGACGACUCUCACACCUGGGAAAUUGGCUCUUCUUGUGAUGCAAUACCUCGAGUCAGGCCGAGGAGUGCCCUCCCGUCAUGAGGGCAUAUGGACAGAUCGCGACGAUGAAGACUUACGAUUUUCAUCAAGCGUAGAUUUCGGCGAGCUGCCUGCCGAUGACGAGGAGGAACAGGAGCAGGAGCUCGCCCAGAAAGCACACAACCGUCUUGUCAAGAAGCAUGGCAAGCAGAGGUUUGAAUUAAGGAAGGCCUUUCUGGAAGCCCAGACAAUAGAGGGAAAGCACGGCGCGAAUAUUUAG